GUUGAGCUUUCAUAAUUCUUGUUCUGAAAAACCGUUGACAGGUACUGUAUAGAAUCUGCCAGUUGACAGAUUGUAUAAAUUGACAGAAUUGGAUAAAUGUCAAAACACAAAUCAAUUCAGUGGGAAUAUAGCAAUUAUUUCGGAUUUUAUUGAGGAGCAGCGAAAAUGGCCGUAACAAUUUGUGGAAAAAAACAAAAAGAUUUUUCAGACGCCAACGAUGAUUUUGGUUGUGACUUUUGUACGUUGGAAUUUUCCAAUUCGUUCGAAAGAAACGAACAUAUUUUGCAGCAUUUUCGUCAAACCAUUUGUUCGGGUUGCUUGGAAACGUUAAUAUGUAUUGGUGACAUAUGGUAUGGACCGCAUACAGGUUCCGGCUGUUGUGUAGCUACAACCGAAGCGACGUUACCCGCUUUUAUUGAAGUCAAACAUGAAGAAAUAAUUGAUGUUGAUGGGAACGAGAACUGCGAUGACGAUGCUCAUGAUAUAUUUAUUGAAAGUGAUUCAAUUGAAAAUGUAAUCGAAGAUGAUUCUAUUGGGGAGGUGGCCGAGGAUGAGAUGCCACCAUACAGUUUGGAUCGUUUGAGAGGCAUUGGGAUAGAAAAUUCAUUUGUAAGGGAAACAAUUGGCGGAAUGGAAGCCUCAACGUCUUUGACGAGAAAACAGUUGAACGAUCGGAAGUGUCCACUUUGUGGCAAAAGUAUUGUCAAUAAACAAAAUCUGAUAUGCCACAUGAAUAUUCAUAACAAUGUUAAGCCCUUUCGCUGUAAUGUUUGUGAGAAAUCGUUUGCGCAUAUCCGAAAUUUGAUUCGUCACAGAGAGCAACAGGGCCAUUGCGACAUGGAAUACAAAUGCGACUAUCGUGGAUGCAACAAAAGAUUCAUGAGCGGGAAUAAACUGAAUCGUCACAUCAAAUUGGAUCAUUUGAACCAACAACCUAUUGAAUUCGACGUUGAAAAGCCAAGACCAUAUAAGUGCACACAAUGCGAUAAAUCAUUCACAUCAAAGGGAUUUUUAUAUAAGCAUCAAAAGUGUCAUGGCAACGAAUAAUGACCCGAUGAAAUUUCAAAUUGGAAAUAAGCUUGAUAGAUACAUCUCACUGACUGAUAUACACUCAUAUUCCAUGUGCUAGAUCAUUUUCGAUUUUUUUUCGCAGAAUUAAUUUUUUACCAAAAGGAUAAUUACAAAAAAUACAAAGUAUUGAAUAAUUCAGUUUCGUGAACACGUUAAGCGUUUGGGGAAAUCUGUAGACGUUAACCGAAAUCUUUAUUCUUCUAUAGAAUUUUCAUCUUAACAGCGAUUCUGCCGUCCGUAUAUUCAUCUCAUACGUUCUCAUGAAGUGUAAGAAAAACUAUUCAAAAAAAUGAACGAUAGAAAUAAACUAGAGUUACAAAGAGUAAUAUUUAUUGUGAAAUUCUGUGUUAUGCUAGCUUAUAAAAAAAUGUUCUUAAUUUAAUAAGUUUUAUGCUGGAUAAAUACCAUAAUAAUAAUAAUAA